GCACAGUACUGUACCCAUUCUGAAGCCAGGCGAAGGGGGUGUUCUGUUCACGUUGCGGUCUGUAGCUGGUCUGCUUGACUGCAGUUCAUUCAGACGCUAAGCAGACCUGCCAGCAGCAAGGAACGCAGGGUAUGCGAAAUACUGUUCCAGUAUGUGACAUCUGGAAGAGACACGGUGUUGCAUAUUCUUGAAUCAUAUCAACAAUGGACAAACAAAAAGUAGAAUUAAACCAGCUCAUCUCUGACCUGCAGUCCUUUCUGCUGGUGUUGGACCGUGAGAAUCUGAGCUACAUUGCUCAAGCCAAAAAGAAGUCCAUCUCAGAUCUGCUUUCCAAACUGCAGGAUCAGUCUACUGAGGAUGCAGAGUACAUGAUAAUGAACUGUCCCUCUGGUGCUACAAACAGUGACCUCAGCGAAGCUCAGGUGCCAGACAGCGGAAGCAAUCUUCUGAGCACGUUAGACAGUGAACAUUCAGAACCCUCUUCCUCACCAGCUGAGUGGCUCCUGAGAGUGAAUGCUGUGCCUGCUGUCCCCUGCUAUCCCUUGGAAACUCAAGACAAUGACUGUUAUGAAGAGGCGGAGCCUUUUAACCCAGCGAGUCAGUCUACAGAGUGCGUGGACUCGGACAGCAGUCAUUACGAGUCAUAUGGGGAGGAGGAAGGGGAGGAGGAGGACUACAUGAAGGACCGUGCUCAUUACAUCCAGUGCUCCUCCUCUCUGAGCCUCCUGCGGCCCGUGCCUGAGUCCCGCAUCUGCGGCUUCCUCUGGAGGAAGAAGUGGCUCGGGCAGUGGAGCAAGCAGCUCUUCAUUGUCCGGAACCACCUGCUGCUGUGCUACAAGUGUGCGAAGGACCUGCAGCCCCUCCUGGAGCUCAACCUGCGAGGCUGCCAGCUGGUUUACAAGUCCAAGCACAACAAGAAGAUGCAGCAUGAGCUGAAGGUCACGGCUGGAUCUGACUGCGUGGUGAUGGGCUUCCAGAGCUACAAGCAGGCUGAGGAGUGGAGGAAGAUCAUUGAAGAAGUCCGCGGUUCCUCCUGCAAUGAAAAAGAAGCACAUGGUUCUUCCUGUUUACUAAAAUCAGACAAGCGUGAUUCUUGCAGGGCAAGUGGAGUUCUGCACACAGAUUCAGAGGAUGAAAGGAAUUCAGCUCAGCCUACUGCUUUCAACAGCACAGAAAUCACACACAAGGGUUUUCUCAACGUCCUGAUGAACUGCCAGUGGCAGAGCCUCUGGUGCCACAUUGAGAAUGACCUCCUGCAAAUGUCCCGGGACGCCGUGUGUGAGGAGAGCCCUCAGUACUGCAUCCACCUGUCAGGGUGCGAGAUCAGGCCCGGCCCAGACACGUCCCAGGGGUACAGGAUCACAGUGUCGCAGCACGGCACUGACAUGGCUGUUCUAGAGGCUAGCUCCGCAGAGCACAAAGAGUGCUGGUUUCAUCUCCUGCAGGCUGGGAGUCUAAUCCAGUCAGAAUCAGGUUUGCUCUAUGAACCAACAAACACAGAGCUUCCAGGUCACUCCAGAUCUACACAUUCAUUCAGCGAACUAACGGGGCGCAGGUUUCCAGCUCCCAACAUGUACAUCGAUGACCCGUUUCAUCAGCUGCACGGAGCAAGCCAUGCAGACCCAGUAUACUCCAACACUGGCGUCUUAGAGCACAUGUUCCAGAACUCCAGAAAUGAUACCCAAACAGCUGUAUUGCAUUCCAAAGGUUCAAACUGGUACGGCAACAAUGAAGUGUUUGCCAAACACGCUUCUCAAAAAGCCUUGCCUAAGCUGGAGGAGAAGGUCCAGAAGCUGGACGUAGCCUGCAGAACCAAAGCACGGAUGAAAGCGGGGUCUGAAUUGAACCUUCUGUCUCUGGGGAAGGCUGUGAAACACACCUCCUUCAGACAGUCGCUGGCUUUCAGCUCCACAGGGUCAGAGGGAAGCUUUCUGAGUCCCUUACUGAGACGAACAGUCUCGGCAAAAAGCUCGCUGAAGAGAACCACCUCUUCCAUUCUCAGAAGAAAGGAAUGGGAAACAAAGGCUCCUGUUUAGUUCAGCCCUCCCUUCUAUCUUCACCUCUUUCUACUGAUUGCCCUAGCGAGAGAAAGAAUAUAUUGCAGGAAUAUAUUAUUACUGUGCGUGUGGAUCAUGCAUUUGUUUUGUUUUUUUGUACUUUUUUAAAAAUAAUAAUUAAACAUUUAACUUUGUAUUAUAUUGGUAUUUUCACAUAAUGCUGUAUCUGUUUUGAAGCAAUGGAUUCCUUUCACGAGAGUGACCUGUAAUUGCUUUUAUUAACGUGUAACAGUAAAGACAAAUACUGUAUUUACACCUUAAAUAAAAUCACUAACCA